GUAUAUUGAUUUUCUCUCUUUAGCUUAGACAUGAACUCUGCAGUACUUAUCUUAGUGGGGAUUUUUAUUUUCCCAGCCACAAAUGGGAAGCUAUUUGAAAGAUGUGAGCUUGCAGGGACUAUGAAGAAGAUGGGGCUUGAUGGGUAUCGAGGAUACAGUCUGCCUAACUGGGUAUGCACAGCUUUCUUUGAGAGUUCAUUUUAUACAGAUCGUACAAAUUUCAACAGGGGAGAUAACAGCACUGAUUAUGGCAUUCUGCAAAUAAACAGUCGUUGGUGGUGUAAUGAUGACAAGACCCCGAGAAGCCACAAUGCAUGCAACAUUAACUGCAGAGAUCUCUUAAGUGAUGACAUCACCCAAUCAGUGAUAUGUGCAAAACGCGUGGUGAGAGACCCUCAGGGCAUGGAAGCAUGGGUUGGCUGGAGAAAUCACUGCAAAGGAAGAGACCUUUCUCAGUGGAUUAAAGACUGCAAACUUGAUAUUCUUUUAUAGCUCUACUGAACUCUCUGGUUCCCUGCUGCUGAUGGCAAAGCUUCCAGCAAUAACCAUUUUUUUGCAAACCAAAUGAAUAAUGCGCACGUCAUUUAAAAAAUGAGAAAACAUGUUAGAAACAGCAUAAAAAUGGUGCCAAACUUGUUUUCAUUGUCAUAUAUAAGGGAGGAGAAACAUACAAUCUUUAAGAUAUAAUUGGACUACCACUCUUGGAAUACUGGAAGUGGUCCAGAUUGCCUUCAUAGGGCCAUGGCAUUCUGGGAAUUUGCUCUACUGCUUCUGUGGGAACAUUACGUCAACAUCUAAACACUCCAGUAGUUAAAAUGCCCUGUAGGCCACUAGCCAUAUAUUUCUUAAGAUUACUAACCUGAAGGAAUCUAUAGCAGGAGCAUGCAGAUACAAUGCACCUAGCUGCUGUGUUUAGACAGGUAGUCUACUGAGUUUUUUAUACAGCAUUAAAAAAAGACAGUAUCCCUUAAAUGAAAUGUAGAUCUUUGUUAUAAUUCAAGAAUAAAAAUAACAUUUAGCAGACAUACCUGUGUACUCCUAAUGCUUGCAAUUUACUGCCUUUCUGUUAAACAUUAAAUCAUUUCUAUAUCA